AUGGCAGGACCGCGAACGGGCCGCCCGACCCGCCCUGCGGCUGGCAGCGGCGGGCGCUCGCGUGCCAGGCAGCGCCAGGCGUCGCAGAAAUGCGGCCUGGCAUGCUGCCGUGGCGCCAGCGGCGGGCUUUGCGCGGGCCUGCGAUGCCGCCAUCUCGGCGGCGGCGAGCAGCCCCAGGUGGCGCCCAUCACGCCCACCAAGCUGCGGAAGGAGGCGCCGCCGUGGCCUGAGGGCUGGCAGGCGCAGAAGAGCGAAGGGAAGGGGCAGGGCGACGACGACGACGGGGACGAGACCUCCGAGCAGGCCAUCGACGACGCGUACCGCGUGCUCGCCGAGGAGGGCCCCGAGGUCCAGGCCCCAUGCGAUCCUGACGAGGAGGAGGGCAGGUCGGCACUCCCGCAGCGGGCGGCCGUGGUGGCCUUUGCGCUGCCUCGCUCUGUGCGGGCGGCCGUUGCCUUGCAGAGCGGCCCCGAGGAGGUCGAAGAGCCCGUCGGCAAGACGGAGGGCGAGGUCACGCUGUCGUUCGGCUUGGAGGUUCCCACAGCUUGCGUGGCUGCGGACGUGGACGGCAUCUCGUGUGGUCUGCACGGGGACGAGAGCGCGGUUGCCUGCCAGGCAGCCCCUUGCGCGCGGAUCCAGCUCAGGCAGGCCGAGAUCGCCUUCGAGGUCGACUUCGACGGCCGCCUGGUCACCGGCGCCCUCGUGACGACGGCGGCGGACUCCCAGGGCGUCCCAGUGCGAGUCUACGACUUGUUGGAGGACGGGUGCGUCGUAGUGCCCAGCACCCGCGUGCGGAGCAGGGCGCUGCCGGCCGCCUGGGUUGCUGCCGAAGCAGCGCGGUUGCAGCGGCUGGGUGCUUCUCAGCCCUUCGUGCACCGCCUCGCCGCUCGGGAGCGCGAGGCACUGGCCGAUCAGCACCGCCUGCGCUGGCUCCUGGACGCCUGGUGGCGCAUGGUCCCUCGUGAAUGCUCCUCUCACGGCACGGCCCUUGAAGAGCAGCUGACACGGAUGAACGAGGUGGUGUGCGCCGAUGGCGACUUCGACGGCUCCUUCGGCAUGGGCGUGGCGCAGCGGCCGUUCGAGCCGCAGAUGGCGGACAACCCGCUCGAGGGCCCUGCGCACGGGUUUGGCGAGGCCUCCGGCAGCGCCCCCCGCCACGGCUCAUGGCAGGCGUCCUGGAGGCCGCAGUUCGCUGGGGGGCAGUGCCGCGCGGCGGGCUCCGGGGAGGCGUCCAGCGCCUUCCUCGCGACGAUCAGCUACAAUGUUGGGAUCAGCGCGUGCGAGAAGGGCGGGCAGUGGCAGCGGGCGCGAGCAGUGGCAGCUGGCGCUGGCGUUGCUCAGCGAGAUGCGGGAGGCGAAGCUGGAGCCCGACGUUAUCUGUGCUACAUCGCUGGAAUGCUCGCGUGCAAGUCGUGCGGGCAGUGGCAGCGGGAUCUUUCGCUGCUGAGCGAGAUGCGGGAGGCGAAGCUUGAGCCCAACGUCAUCUAUACCUACAGUGUUGGGAUCCGCGCAUGCCUGAAGGGCGAGCAAUGGCAGCAGGCCCUGGCGCUACUGAGCGAAGCGAAGCUGGAGCCCGACGUCAUCAGCCACUGUGCUCUCAUCAGCGCGUGCGAUAAGGGCGGGCAGUGGCAUCAGACUUCAGCUCUGCUCUGCGAGAUGCAGGUGAACUGGAGCCCAACGUUACCUACACUACAACGCUGGAAUCACAGCGUGUGA